AUGACUACCCCUGGUGACCUCACCCAGAUCUGGCAAUGGAAUGAGCUGGUACCAGCAUCCGUGGACCAAUGUGUCAAUGUUCUCAUUCAAGAACGCAUAGAUACACAGCCAAAUGCGCCCGCAAUAUGUGCUUGGGAUGGCACGCUGACGUAUACUGAGCUCGGCCGGUUUGCCACAGUUUUAGCGAGUUGGCUAGUCCAUCUGGGAACAGCGGUCGGUAUGCUCGGCGUGCUCAAGACAGGUGCAGGCUUCGUAUUGAUUGACCCUCAUCAGCCAGAGCAUCGUCUUCGAACCAUCGUCAAGCAAGUGGGCGCAGAUCUUAUUAUCUCUUCACUCAGAAUGACAAAAUUGAGCUCACGACUGGCUCCGAGAUCGAUUGUUGUGUCCUCCCACUUGGUGGCAAGUCCCUCCAAUUUGACUGGUCCAAUUUUGUCAUUUCAAGAUCCUUCUUCUGUUGCUUAUGUUGCUUUCACUUCGGGUAGCACUGGAGAACCAAAGGGAGCACUCAUAUCGCAUCGAAAUCUCGCUUAG